AUGGCGUCACGAUACAACGAUUGUGGGCAGCACGGCAUUUAUCAUACAUUCGGUGGCACAGCAGCUCAUGCGGUACCACAACUAACCCUAAGCGAUGAUGGCGAUACAUUAUGUGUGAGAAACGGUUCCGCACGUGCCUCACUGCGCAUGCCUGCGAAACAGGAUCAUCAAGUCCAGGCUGGACCAGGUAAUUCAUGCGUUAAUUGAUA